AUGUCAACGUCAACAUCCAUAUCACUGUCAAACGCACCAAGCACACCGAACAAUUAUCACAACCGAUAUACGAACACACCGACAACACAGACCAUACCUAGAAACGGACAGGGUCACGACCAUGCGAGUGUAAGGAAGAUGAUGGACAAGAGCACAGAUCACCCUUACCCUUCCACUUCAGUACCUGCUCCUGCUCCACCAGCCAAUAUAUCACGAUUACAACCACAUAACAACCAACAACAACAUACCUUGACCUCGGGUAACAAUAAAGGCCUUAGACCUUUAGGGAUGUCAUCAACAUCCACACUUAACAUUCCUUCAUCCUCAACCUCUCCUCAGAUAGGCGGCAAGUCUCCUCUGAUAGGCUCGUCGACUAAGCAAGGUAGAAGGAGAAGCAUGAUCAUCUCUUCCGAACCUGUCGAAGAGGUAGGCCGAGAAACACAAGAGCAGGAGCAAGAUGAUUCAUCGAAAAAUAGUAGUAGGAACAAGCUAAAGAGGUUAUCAUUAUGUUCUAGACCUUCUUUAGAACUCAUUGAUAACAACACCAACGUCAACACUCACAACAAUCCCAAUACGUCUACACCGGUCAUAUCGCCCAAUAUGACUUCACAGCCUUCCACGCCACUCGGUGGAGGUGGCAGUACGAGAAGACCCGACCGACGGAUGGGGGUGCGAGCAAGUAUAAGCUAUUCGCCUGCCAUUCCACCCAAGACGGCUGAGAGGAAAGUUUUUGGAAGAGGUGAUGGAUGGGGGAUGGAAGAGGAUUUCAGUGUGGAUGGUGACGCACAUGGAGAGAGGGAGGAUGGGAGUGAGAUUGAGCUCGAGAACGUAAAUAGGAGAGAGGGACAUAGGUUUACGGGUGUACAGACGUUGGCUGAAAAACACGCUGAUCUACUCACCCACAUCGCACAGAGGGAAAGAAGGGUAGCAGAGCUGAAGCAGGAACUGCUCACACAGGAGAAUGCCCUUGCUCAACUGAAAUCCCGUUGGACAACCAUCGUCUCUCGAUCUGCCUUAUCGCCUACUCAACCGGAACCGAUCUAUCAGACUCACCACACCCCUCCCUCUAGACCAUCUCAGUCUCAGUCAAACCGUCGUCGACCAGUCAGUAUGAUCUCCACUUCGACCUCUACAUCAUCGGCCUCCUCUCUAUCACUCGCAACUAUCGACGAGCCCAUGCCUCUUUCUGCCUCAGCAUUGAUCUCAUCUACGGGCGGAUUGAGUAAUACCGGAGCAGCGGUACUCAGUGGGCUGAUCAGUCAAACGGAAGGGUACCUCGGUCCAGAGGUCGUGCAAGGUGGGAAGCGGUUUUUGGGUAACUUGUGGAAGACUGUCGGCGCAGCUGCGGGAGGUACGGUUCCUCUCACCCAUCAAGAGCCAGUGAUUAGGGAAUCAACUGGAAAUAUAACUCCGGAUGGACGAGUGGAGGAAGAAGAGAUGCCGAAGAGAGAGGAUGGAACGGAAUGGAAUCACCUGAGUUCAAAGUUGGAUCUUGCAAACCUGCAGAAACUCAUCAUUCCCUGGGACACGAACACCAACGUCUCCUCCCUUCGCAACGUCCACCAUCGUCCUUCACCACCUGCAACAGUCGGACUGGGAUUCGAUUUGAACAUCAAACCCAGUUCCACCAUCUCGACUUCUCAAGUAUCACCCAAAUUACUUCCUGAGCGCAUAUCAGCGGACUUGCUAGAUGGUUCGGCGUCAAUAUCAACGUCGAACAGUAUGAUCAUGGGUCUUGACGAUAAUGUAGGAGAUCUAGGUAAAGCCCUUACACCUUCCAAACCUAAACCUAGAUCUACCAACAAGAAGAUCGCCUCUACUGCUUCCUCAUCGACAACGUCGGAUGACGGCUGGGAUUGGUGA